AUGAACGUCAGCAUGUUCGGAGACGUGUGCAGCUACAUGGUGCCCAUGGGGCCCGUGGCGCUGGCAGACUUCCACGAGCUGCCCAGGCGAACGCCGCUCCGUACCGCGCCGGCCUUCAUGCCGUCGUCGUUCAUGGCGCCCGCGGCGCCGCCGCAGCAGGGGCGCAUGUCCGCCAAGAGCGUCAAGAGCAGGCCCAGCUGCAAGUCGACGCGCCGGGUCGUCGCCCAGAUCCCGGGGGAGGCGUCCCCGUGGUGGUCCACCAUGUCGCACCAGCGCGGGCCCGCGGACGCCCCGCGCGUGAAGGUGGGCCAGUGCGUGCUGGUGAGCGCCUGA